AUGUACACCGACGAGGACAACGACCACCCGCGCAGCAAUGAAGACUUUGUGCGUCCUGGCGGACUCGUACGACUUUCAGAGUCUGAAGAAACGCCGCGAUACCUAGGUCCCAGCAGCGGCAUCGCAAUGACCCGCCUGCUCAUGGAACAAGCCAAAGUCUUCACCGAUUCCAAGCGCAUAUCUGAGCUCAUUCCUGAAGUGAGAGCGAGACGACAGACACGCAUGCAAUCGAUUGUCAUGGCGAAACCCACCAAGCGAAAGAAGAGCUAUCCCACCACAAGCGCACACCCCGCCACUUCACUGCCCGCGCGCCAGGUCGCCGAUCGGCUUGUCGACAUAUUUUGCCAGAGAUCUCAAGUCUUCUGGCCUACCUUGCACGAGAAACAGUUUCUCAAAGAUCUGGAAGAAGUCUUCGCCGGUGGAACGUGCUCCUACAAAAACUUCAUCGUCCGGAUGGUCUUCGCCAUUAGCCUUCAGAAGCUCGAUAUCCAGUACGCUGGACUUGCCGACAGCUACUACCUGGCCGCCAUGGAGUAUUUUGAGAUUGUGAUCCGAUCCAAAGACUUGAGGACUCUGCAGUGCCUAGCCCUCAUCGGGCAGUACUCGAUGCUUACUCCCACGCGAAUGGCCAUUUACCAUGUUGUGGGCAUGGCAACGCGCAUAUGUCAGGCCGAGGGACUUACCGACGAGAAGACGAUAUCGGCCGACUAUUCGUUAGGCCUCAUAGACCCCCUGACCCUCGAUAUGCGACGCCGGCUCUCAUAUGUCACCGCAUCAAUGGAAUUCGGCCUCGCUCAUAGCAUGGGACGCCCGAACGGCAUAUCGAAGGGAGACGAUUAUCUGGACGUCGAGCCCUUUGCCACUGUUGACGACGAGUACAUCACUGAGGAAGGCAUUCUCCCUGCUCCGCCCAGUGAGAAGAAGCUUGUCGCGUUGCACUUUUUCAAGAUGAGGAUGGCGCAAGCCGAGAUCAAGCGGUUUCUCUAUGAGAAGAAACGCCCUGAGCCCAAGAACGAGACACAUCCCUGGUUCAGCAAGAUGGAAAAGGACAUACAAGACUGGGUGGACCAAUCACCAGAGAACCCAGCUUGGUGUAAACCUUGGUUAGUUCGAUAUGGCCAGCUCAGGUUGAAGCUGCUAACAAUGCAUAGGUUCACUGGCCGAGCUCACCAGAUGCGCAUUUUCCUUCACCGGCCAUCUCCUCAAAUACCCAAGCCAUCUGGCCGAGCCGCCCUGAUCUGCUAUGAGGGCGCCGCGUACAUCAUCAACCUGUCUAAACAGCAAAUGGAAAAGGCGGCUGUCGACAUUACCUGGAUUUUCUUGUUGACUCUCUUUAUGGCUCUGAACGCAAUGCUUUGGGCGGUCUCGUACCCCGAAGUUCGGCAGGCACAUUCUCGAGAAGAAGUUGAUGAGCUGGUUCAGGUUGCGCUUGACAUUGUCGAUCAAGAACAGUGCGCUCAACGGUGGCCCGGUUCGGAAUCGGCUUCCAACUUGUACUCCGUCUUCGCCAAAGCCUGUCUCCAGGUCUACGACAUUCGCGACACCUCCACAGUUGCUUCCUCCAGCCAUCUCAACACGCCAUCCUCCAUCUUCGAUACGGACUCUCCCCAGGGUUCCGACAACUCGGCGUCUACUGCGCCCUCGUUCAAGGUCAAUGCGCCCCAGUUUGGAACCGUAUUCGAUGCCACCCCCGAAGCAAUGAAUCACUUCGGAUACGAAGCGAACUAUCAACCAAUUCACCCAACCUUCCGUUCCAAUUCGAUCUUUAUGGGUCCUUCCACAGAUCAGCUUGGCCGACGAUUUUCAGCUUAUCCUCCAGAGCUGCCCCUGGAUGACCAGACGCCGCCUGGCAACACGCCCGUUGGAUAUGCAUCCUCAAUGUCGACACCGGCGCAGCAUUCUGGCCAUCUUCCCACCCCUCCGGAGUCGCUCGGUGCGAACCAGUUGAAUGCUGGUACUCCUGGCAGUACGACGUCGACAAUUUCACCACCUUCGAGUGCCACGCCUACGAUGCCGCAAUCUUCGCCAGCCAUGUCAUUCACGCCGUCGAUGAAUGCGAUAAGCACCAACAUGUCGCCGCCGCCUCCACCGCCCAAGAUGACGCAGCCAGGACAGCAACCCCAUCCUCCUCAGCGCGGGCCCACGUUCGUGGUGCCGCCUCCUCCGCCGCACGUUCAGCAACGUCCGCUGCCUACACCUAGUGGCAUCACGGAUUGGUUCUCGCCGCCGCCGCCCUUCAUCACGCCGUAUAACUUCACCCCCAUGAGCAACAGCUUCUUCAACGACGGAUCCCACGCACACAACUACACCAAUGCUCCUGAGCUCGGGCUCGGCAUUGGGCAGUUCAACCUGGGUCCUUUCGGUGGGCCCCCGGCAGGCUGGAAUGCGGAGCGACAGGGUAGCCUGAGUCAAGAACAACAGUUGGAGCUCAUGACGGCGCUGGAGACGGACGGGAUGGGCGAGAUUGAUGCGUUUCUGAACAUGGGCAUGGAUACGGGGAACCAGGGCGUCAACACGAACGGGUGGUCCUAA